AUGGAACCAUUUCUUAGGCAGACUGAUUUUUGGCAUGUUGCACUGAUAGUUUCAGUAUUUGAUUAUGAUAGGACACUCAUAAGUGCACUUGUAGAACGUUGGAGGCUUGAGACACAUACAUCUUAUUUUUCAUAUAGAGAAUGUACGAUCACUUUGGAGGAUGUUGUGUUUCAGUUAGGCUUACAUGUGGAUAAAAUCCCUAUGAGUGGUUGCAUUGGAGCGUGGGAGAAAUUUUAUGAUCAAAAUAUAUGGGCAUUGUGUGAAGAUUUACUUGGAGUAGUUCCUGAUGAGAGAAAACAAAAGAGAAAGGUCGUAGCAGCACAGUGCAGUGAACUACCUUUGGAUGUGCUUCAUAUCAUAACCAAGAAGCUGGAUUUCGAUGACCUCUUUCAAUUUGCUGGAGUGUGCAAGAGCUGGACAACAGUUCAUAGAAAUUAUUGGAGGAAUUUCAUGGCAUCCCAAGAACCUUUACUCAUUCAAAGAUCUUCAUUUGCCAAGAGAGUUAUGAAUUUCUAUAGCAUAUCUGAAGAAAGAGCUUAUAGCACAAAGCUUGAUAACUUUUGGGAAUUAUCCUAUUCUGGGUUUUCAAAUGGAUACAUAAUCAUGGCAAGUGUGAAAGAUGAACUUCUGCUAAUGAAUCCUUUUACAAGAAGAAAGAAGCAAAUCAGUAUGUUAGGCAUUGCAGGUAAUUUGAAAUAUCUGUCUUGCUAUCCCUUGGUUGCUUUUGCAAAAGGUUCAGAGGAUUUGAUCAUAGCGGUUAUAAUAAAACGUUAUAGAAGUCUGCAUGUUUAUCAUACUCGAACUCGUUCUUGGGUUACCUAUUUGAAACAGGGAAACCCAUGGUUGAUGUUGGACUUCGUGGUUUUGAAUAAUGCUAUAUAUGUCCUCACUAAGAAGGCUGAGAUAGGGGUAUUGAACCUAAAUUCUGGUAGUUUGGAGAUUCUAGAACUGAAGAACACUCCUAUUUUAGUUACCCAUCAACCAAAGCUGGUUAGUUGUGAUGACCAACUUUUAGUGGUUGAGUUUGACCCAGAGAAAACAUUGCGUGUGUACAAGGUGGACUUAUCAAAGAAGGAAUAUGUCAAGUUGGAAAACUUGGGUGACAUUGCAUUAUUUUAUGGUUUGAACAAAAGGUGCUAUGCGUUGAGCAACCCGGGUAGGUUUGGUUAUGAGAACAACUGUGUGUACUGCAUUCAUGGUUACUUUGCAGAAUGUGAAGUGUAUUCAUGGAAUAAUGAACUGAAAAAAUGGAUUGUACCUCGUGGAAUUAAGCCUCCUCCUAAAUCAAACCUCUAUUGGGCAGAUUGGUGUUUUCGACAUCAACGUUAUGAGGUAGAUUGUUCUGUGGGUCAGUAA